AUGGCUCCUCGUUUCCUCUUGCUUGGGCUGUUGGCCAUAGCUUUGUCUCUAGCUUUGGCUUUUGACUAUAGCCCUCUCCAAAAUAUUUGUGUUGCAAACCCCAAUAGCCUAGUGCUAGUGAAUGGUCUUGUCUGCAAGGAUCCAAAGCUUGUACAAUGUAAUGAUUUUUUGUUUAGAGGGCUUCACUUAGUGGGAAAUACAUCAAAUUCAGUUGGAUCACGGGUAGCUCCAGUAAAUGUAGCCCAAAUUCUAGGACUUAAUACCCUUGGCAUCUCUUUGGUCCGUAUCAAUUAUGCUCCAUGUGGUACAAACCCUCCUUAUACACAUCCCUGUGCUACUGAAAUAUUGACAGUAUUACAAGGCAACUUCAUAGUGGGAUUUGUCACCUCCAAUCCAGAAAAUCGUCUCAUAUCAAAGGUGCUUAAGAAAGGUGAUGUGUUUGUCUUUCCAGCGGGUCUUGUCCACUUCCAAUGCAAUGUUGGAUAUGGUAAUGCAAUCGCCAUUGCAGCUUUGGAUAGUCAAAACCCUGGAGUUAUUCCCAUAGCAAAUGCUGUCUUUGGAUCAAAACCUGAUAUUGCUAGCGAUCUUUUAGCGAAGGUUUUCUAG